CAAGAUGGCGGCGGCCAGUGCAUGCCGUCUUACUGCAGUUUGCAGACAAUUUCAAAACGUUGUUAAAAUAUCUUUGCCAAACAAAGCUCAAUAUUCAUCACAUACCUUGGUUAACUAUCAUUCCUGCCUACAAAGGCAAAACUACAAUCUUUUUCGAUUAAGCCAUCCUGGACAUGCUCGCCUUCUCCACACAUCCAGCAGCAGAUGGGGUCUAGAGGAAUUCUUUGACCUGCCUGAAAACUGGGGAGAGACUACAGUUAAAUCAGGUUCUCCAUGGACAGUCAAACAGCUUAGAGCAAAGAGUAAUGAAGACUUGCACAAGCUGUGGUAUGUUCUUCUAAAGGAAAAGAAUAUGUUGAAUACUAUAGAACAAGAAGCGAAACGGCAGUGUGUACCGAUGCCAAGUCCAGAACGCAUUAAGAAGGUGAAAAGGUCAAUGCAAAGGCUUGAUGUCGUCGUGAAAGAGCGAGAAGACGCUCUCCGUUUACUACAGACAGGCCAAGAAAAAGGCAGACCUGGAGAAUGGAGGAGAAACAUUUUUGGCAAAACGUUCUGGUACCGUUUUAGAGAACAUCCCAUCCCCUGGUACAUGAACAAGAUCUACAAGAGGAAACGUUUCUAUACACCAUCAUUUGUUGCCCCUUAUAUGAGGCUAAGUCUUGAGAAAUACCUGAAGAGUAAGUCAAAGAGAGAAAGAAAAGAGAAACAGAAGCAGAAGAAACUGGCUGAGGUUUUCCCUAAAAAGACUGCACAGGCAUGAGAUGGCCUAGGAUAAAAAUGAAUGUUGUGAAGUGUACAAACCCAUUUCUUCAUGUAUGGGUUGAUCUAUGGCUUUUUAUACUGGUGUUACCUUAGUAAUGCAGAUAUGACGUCUUAUUGCAGGUGCAGCACAGCAUCUCAGUCAGGGCUUGCUUGGAGUAAAGCAUUCAGUAUUGACUGUAUAUAUAGAUGAUCUCUGUGUUCUGAGUGCUAUGUGAAAAUCGAAAUUGGCUCUGGAAAGACAUCUGCUUAAAUCUCAAUUAUUGAUUUUUUUUUUUUUUUUUUUGGAUGUCUUCUGCUGUUUGCUCUGGAUUCAUAAACUAUACAUCAAUAAUGUAAAUUCCAAUUGCAUAAUGAUCUGUGAUAAAGAAACUAACACAAAGCUGUCGCAAAAACCUUUAUUUUUCAAAAUGGCCAAUCACUAAAUAAAAACACAAGCGUUUUACUGUC